UUUUGUUUUGUGUUGUCAGAUAUCGUAAGCAUGGCUUCCAUACCGGUCAUCAACAUUCCCGACGAUGAUGAUGGUGCUUCCCCCGCUGGCCUACCAAACAUCACCGUCGACGAUGUCGAUUAUGGUCAACCUACAUCAGUGAAGGAACACACCAGGACAUCACUGACCACGGUAAAAAUAUCUCCGGAUAAUCUGUUAGUCGGAGACGGGAAACGCAGACGAUCGAUAAUCGAGAUCGAAAACACUACCGUCACCCAACAAUCGUUUGCGAUCGUACCCAAACCGCUUGAGAAAGACGGCGGACUUGUAGUUCCACCCGUAUCGCCACGGCGUAGGAUUUCAGUCGUCCAGUGGAGGGAUAUCAACGCGUCACUCUUCGAUGAUACGAUCAAGUUUGAAGAUACUGGUUUGGAAGAAGGAGUGACGAAUAAUGCCAUCAGACCCGGAUUAUGUAACAUCGAAGACACCUUCUGGAAUGGGAAGAAGGCACUGAUUCCUGAUUAUGACCUCAUGAGAAAAAUAGAUGAGAUUGCAAUCAAUGGUCCGAAAAUACCACAGACCGACAUCAAAUCUCUUGUACUGAAGCUUACGGAGACAGCUGAAGGAGAACUUCAAAAGAUCAGAAUCAUAUUUCGGUGGAUCUCAGAGAAUAUUUCGUACGAUAGUGCAUUCCUGAACACCAAUAUACGAGCCGAUCAGUCCCCGGCAGCCGUUUUGAGUUCUGGGAUAGCCUUGUGUGAAGGAUUUUCUCAGCUACUCAGCGAAAUGUCCAGGUUGGCCGGCAUUAGAUGUGAAACUAUUCUCGGAGUUUCUAAAUCAAUUGGGUUCUAUCCCGGAGCAACGGACUACCUUUAUAACCAAGGGAGGCACUCAUGGAACAGGGUACGCAUAGAAGACCAGUGGUACUACUGUGAUUCCGCUUGGGCAGCUGGGGUUUCAAAACACGAUGGAGACGGAGCAUAUAUCUUCGAACGUAGAUGGGGUGAAGGCUUCUUCCUCGCAAAUCCUGAUCAGUUUACUGCGACACACUUCCCCAUCGAAAAUGGCUCUCAUCCAGACUUAGAACCUUGGAGCAACAGCAUCCAGGUCGGCCGUGCAGCAUUUCUUUUCAAACUUAAGUGCCUUUCACAUGACAAAGGUAUCAUCAACGCCAAAGACAACAAGGUUUCAAUCAGGAUCAAGAGUGAGUAUCCCCUCAAUGCUUUCUUCAGGUUGACUCGACAGAACCAUGAUGGUGAAGAGGUUAUGAACUGCGUUCUGCACUGGUGGAAAGAUGAUGUCCUCAACUGUCGUGUUGAGUUUCAGGAACCAGGAAAGUACAUCUUUACUGCAUAUGGAACUUUGCCUCAACAAGAACACGGACCAGGCAACCACACUUUCUCCAGCAUAGUUGCAGAGUAUUAUGGAACUCGACUUAUGUCAUUCACGAUAUUAGCCGAAGGGGACAACUCUGGCACACCAUUACCCAUAGAGAACGGUGAUAUAUGGGGCAUCGAUCCACGAUGUCUCCAGAGAGGGUUCUCGGCAAUUUCCCAUCAAGAGCCGUUUGUAGAUGCUAUUGAUGGACGUGCAACAAUUAGCUUCAAGCAAGUAGGUGAUAUCAUGCCUACGUUGUCUCAUCUUUCACACACUGACAGCCCUGACGUGAAUUUGGAAGAUUACGUUUAUAUAGAGACAGUUGGACAAAGGUUGGUCUGCCACAUUUCUUGUCCAAGACCCGGUAAGUACACUUUUAUCGUGAAAAUGAAGUACGCCGACGACAAAUACCAUCAUGCCGCUUCUUAUAUGAUAUCAUCGACAAGGGAAUUCAAAGGUGGCGAUGAUGCACCUAUUACUUUUCCGAGAGGUCACAAUGGAAUAUGGGGUCCAAACGACGAGUUCUUCAAAAUGGGUUUAUCGGUGAGAGGUCCAGAUUCCUCUACAAUUCUUGCGAAGGAAGGGGAGUGUUAUUUUGUUAUACGCUGCGAUAAAUCACAAGAUAUGGAGACUAACUUGGCUCUCAAGGUUGGUGGUUCAGACAACGAACUAAGGAAUGGCCACGCAUUUGUUCAGAGUGCCAAGGGAAAAUCUACUACAACUGCUUCUAUCAGUCUCCGUCUUUCUGAAGCUGGCAUGUACGAGUUGAAACUAUUUGCAAGAUUACAUGCGGGAAUUGACAUGAGCUAUGUUGGUUCUUGGUUGGUUGUUUGCGAAAGGCCAUGUUAUAAAUCACUCUUUCCGAAAGGAGCUGUCAAGUGCGGUCCUACAGAAGAGUUUUCCAAACACGGUCUGAAAUACGACAAAGAGGCUUUGGUAGAAACCAUUGAAGGAGAAUGCGAAAUAGAGGUCACUCUAACAGAGGAGGUUUUUCUGACAUUCUCAUUAAAGAGUGGAGAUACCGAAAAGGACAUUCACCAAGGAAAGAUGUUUGGGGAAGUGAUUAAGCGUGAUGAGAAGAAAUUCGCUGUCUUCCAGUUCAGACUGCACGAGACAGGUCUGUACGCAUUCCGCCUCUUUGUUAAGAAGACUCCAAAACAGGACAAAGCUACAUAUGUAGGAAUGUGGCUCAUCGAUUGCCAUGAGAUAUCAGCAAAGGAACCAUACCCACCUCGUAGCGGACUAUGGGGUCCUAACCAAGUUUUUCGCGAAGCAGGAAUGUCCCUGGUAGACUUGGAAACCAGUCAUAUCCGACUUCCAAAAGGUGAAGGGAAACUCUGCAUCAGACAUAGCAUCAUGAGGUCUGUAAAGAAGUUAUCCUACCGGUUAUACAAAGAUGGUGAUAAAUAUGAUGCCACCCGUCUCAUAAAUGCAGAAACAAGCUGGUCAGCGACUUCUUCGGAAAUCCUUACUACGCUCCAUUUCCUUUUCAACCAGCCUGGUAUGUAUGCUUUAUUGAUCUUCGAUGGAUCGAAGCAAUCAAACGCACUUGCCGGUCACUGGCUGAUAGACUGUCAGAAGGCUACAGAUGCACCUUUGUUUCCUGAGCAUCCUGGGAUGUGGGGACCAUCCGAACACUUCUUCAAGAUGGGAAUGACCGUCAAGAACUUCGAAAGCUCGACCGUCCAGACCGAUUCGUCAGGGGAAUGUCAACUCGAAUUCUCAGGAUCUAAAGACUUUCAUGCUAACUUUCAUCUCUUUGAAGAUAAGAAAACAAACAGGCUUCCCAAGGACCACGUGUCAACGAAAUAUGCCAACAAUGUGAAAGACACGGUUCAGUGCUGUGUCAAACUGCCUCACCCCGGAUCCUACGCACUUCAGUUCUAUGCAGCGGAGAUUGGCGUCAAAACUCUCAAUAACUGUGGUAUAUGGUUGCUAACGUGGAGGAAACCAGUGUGAAUGAUCCUUGGCAUUUUUAUCGAUCAUACAUUCUUUGUGCCUAGAAUGUACAUUUCUCCUAUAUCCCCUAAUGUAUAAGCUAGCUACCGGUAUGGUCCCAAUGCCUUCAUAACUUGCGUUUCCAAGCCUACCGGUAUGGUCAUAAGGCCUUCAAAUCUUUGGAGUCCGAUUGUGUGCAAGGAGUGUCUUCUAAAUUCAUUUUGUUGAUCCGUCCAGUUGGUCUUUAGACAGUCUUAGGCGACCUUUUAUUAAAGUGUUUUAGUCUGGUUACAUGCAGUUAAGCCGUAUGUCCUUAAGAUUCCUGUGCCAGUUGGGUGUGGGGGAUGGGUUGUGCGUGUGUUUGGGCUUGUGUAUGUGUGGGCUGGGAUAAAUGAGUACAAAGAUGAUAAUUGCCUGAAACUUCUCUACAAUUGCUUCUGCAAGCAUUAAGACUUUCCGAAAAUUGUCACAAAGUGAUAAGAAUAUGGCUUUAAACCACAGAC